CCCCUUUUAUAAUACAAACUCCUUUUCUAAUUUUGUUUCUCCUCUCUCGUUAUCAUCCUCACGAGUCACGAGUGUCCACGGAUUCAUUACAAAGAGAAAGAAGUUUCAAGAACAUUACACAGAGUUGUAAUCAUUCAAAGAAAAAGACAAUUUACUCAGAGAAUCAAGAAACCGCUUAACCGAGAUGAUGAGUGAAGGAGGAUCACUUAACCUAUGCUUCAAGAAGAUGGAAGGAAACAUGAUCACCGAGUGGAAAGAUAUCCCUGUGGAGCUUCUCAUGAGAAUCCUUAACCUCGUUGAUGAUCGGACGGUCAUCAUUGCUUCUGGUGUUUGCUCUGGCUGGAGAGAUGCUAUCUCCUUUGGUCUCACACAUCUCUCUCUCUCAUGGUGCAAGAAAGACAUGAACAGUUUGGUUCUGUCUCUCGCUCCAAAACUCGUCAAGCUUCAGACUCUAGUACUAAGACAAGACAAACCUCAACUCGAAGACAACGCAGUCGAAGCCAUAGCGAAUCACUGCCACGAGCUACAAGAUCUUGACCUUAGCAAAAGCUUGAAACUCACCGACCGUUCCCUCUAUUCUCUAGCUCGCGGUUGCACUAACCUCACUAAGCUCAACCUCAGCGGCUGCACUUCGUUCAGCGACACCGCUCUUGCGUACUUGACAAGGUUUUGUCGGAAGCUUAAAGUUCUGAAUCUUUGUGGUUGUGUGGAAGCUGUAUCCGAUAAUGCUUUGCAGGCUAUUGGAGAGAACUGUAGUCAGAUGCAGUCACUAAACUUGGGAUGGUGUGAGAAGAUAAGUGAUGAUGGAGUCAUGAGUUUAGCUUAUGGCUGUCCUGAUCUGAGAAGCCUUGAUCUCUGUGGCUGUGUACUUAUUACAGAUGAGAGUGUGGUGGCUUUGGCUAAUCGUUGUGUACACUUAAGGUCAUUGGGGCUAUACUAUUGCAGAAACAUAACCGACAGGGCCAUGUACUCGCUGGCUCAGAGCGGAGUGAAGAACAAACACGAGAUGUGGAGAUCGGUUAAGAAAGGAAAAUUCGACGAAGAAGGACUAAGAAACCUUAACAUUAGCCAAUGCACUUACCUCACACCUUCAGCGGUUCAAGCGGUCUGCGAUACGUUCCCUGCGCUCCACACUUGUUCAGGCAGGCAUUCACUUGUCAUGAGCGGUUGUCUGAAUUUAACAUCGGUUCACUGUGCUUGCAUCCUUCAGGCUCACCGCACACACACAGCUUUACCUCACCCGGCUCAUUGAACUAGUGUGAAGACUGAAGGGAUCUCUCUCGCUUGGUAUGUGUACACACAAGCCUAGAGGUUAAAUAAAUAAAUGCGUGUUUGUUUGAGUUUGUCUUUGAUCAUGCAAGCAACCUUGAAAUGAUUUCAAGUUAAUUUACUUCGAAGUUUUAACAA